UUAUAUGAUCAGUGAAAUUUCUACAAGGGUUAUAGAUAAUAGUUUUAAGAAACUUAUUACUAUUAUUGUUAUCCAAUACACAUUCAAGACUGUUGAGUUAUAAAUAUAAAAUUUAGAGAGGUAAGAAAUUUGUUCCAUUAUAUACAU